UCGAUGCUUCCAGUUCUCUCCCAUCCGCCGCGCAGCGUCCUGUCAACGAAGGUUACGGCAGCUGGAUUUACGUCUGCUAAUAGUUAUUUACGCCCAUAAUAUUAUUAAAAACGACCUGUUUUGGGGGCACUUAUCUUAAAUUACCACACGGCGAGUAAAAAGAAAAUACAUAUGCGUCAAGGCAGUCGUUGUUGUUAAUUUGCGUUUUAUGUAGGAGCUUGUUGGACGGGACAGCCGAGCAUUGAUUGAGAUUCUUGACCCAUACACCCAACCGCCACCGUCCUCCUCCCCCAGAGAUGCUUCCCCGGCUGCGGGGAGUCCUGCGGCCCGUCCUCUACCUGAGAACCGGAAGGGGGCCGCUCCAAGCCGGUCUCACGAGCCAACAAGCGGAACCCGCGGUAUCUAUGCCGGGAGUUCCGAUCGCAGAGCUUCCACCUUCCGCGCUUAUUCAACGGCGUCAUCUCGGCACCCACCCGCUGAAGGAGCCGGUGGAGCCCCUCAACUCCCCCCGUGGAGCCAAAGAGUUUAUUUAUAGCCUCCAUCCGUCUGAACGCACCUGCCUGCUGAGAGAACUGCACAGGUUCGAAUCAAUUGCCAUAGCUCAAGGGCAGCUUGACAUUGCACCACCUACUGCAGCACAAUUAAGAUAUGUUCUCCUGCACAACGCACUCCCUUUUGUUGGAUUUGGAUUUCUGGACAACUGCAUCAUGAUUGUUGCCGGUACACAGAUUGAAUUGUCCAUUGGUGUGAUUCUUGGUAUUUCUACUAUGGCAGCUGCUGCUCUCGGCAACUUGGUGUCUGAUCUGGCAGGACUCGGACUAGCAGGAUAUGUGGAGGCCUUGGCAUCUCGACUGGGGAUGCAGAUUCCAGACCUGAGUCCAAAGCAGGCCGACAUGUGGCAGACCAGAGUCAGCUCGCACUCGGGUAAAGCCAUCGGCGUCGGCAUCGGCUGCAUCCUUGGCAUGUUCCCGCUCCUCUUCUUCAAUGACGAUGACGACAAGAAAGACGCCAAGAAGGACGCCAACGAUAACAAGACACAAACAGCCGCCAAGGACAACAGCAAGUGAGCUCGAGUGGACUCCUGCUUUGGAAACGUGGACCAAAAAAAGACCCUGAACUAGUCCAAGGCUUUCAAUCCUAUUCAAGAGCUUCAUGUAAAGUGAAGCACAUGGACAUAUACUCCCGACAUUAUCAUCAUCAUCAGCUUGCUGCUAUUCCCAACACUCAACUGACCUCCUUGCUCCCUCUGAUGCCACGUUUCUGGGUACAGACUAGGGGAUAUCAUUUCAUCAAUUCCUUGCUUGACUGGUCGAGCUGUCACUGCAUGGUGACGCAAAAAGAGGCGCAACAUGCAAGCUUGCUUGAAGCGCGCCCAAAAAAACAAAACAAAAAAAAGUGACCUGCCUCAAGUUCAGUUCAACCAAUCAGCUGUUAUACCUGAGAAUGCUGAUGUAACGGUGAGAUUGAUGUUAUGAUUUUAUAAGACUCUAGUGAUGGAUUUGGUUUUGACUAACUUGGGAUUUCAACUUUUAAGAAUAUGCUGUACAAUGUGACAGUGUGUGAAUAUCAUUUUAAAGAAGUCUUUAAGCCCGAAUUUUACUUUUUGGUUGUUGAUCACUAUAAACAUGUGUAAAUUGUAUAGAACCACAUUUGACAUGAGGAAAAAAAGGUAACGAAAAUGGCACCAAAAGUAUACGCAAUACUGUACAGUGAAUCAUUUUAAUUUCAAUUACAAUUUCCCUCAGCGCACAUGAGUUCAGCGUUAGACAUGACUGUACUAUACUGUGCCUCUACUGCACUCUACUGGUUAAGAGUCUUCCCAUAUUCAAACCACAUUAUUAGGUACCCUCGCACCUUUUCAGGACGAUCUAAUCCAAGAGCCAAAUCAACAAUGAAUCCCUUAUAGAAUAUUAUUGUUCUGUUUUUGAUGGAAAAACAUUUUAGUUUUUGUGUUAAUGCUCUGCAUCAUAUGCCAAGACUUUAAAUAGUUUGUCCCUCAUGUAAUGCAAAAUAUAUUAGAAGCACUGUGCCUCCCUGAUAGUCAAGUCUAAACAUUCUUAUUGCUAACAGGACUGUGGUCCAAUUUUGAAAAUUGCAAAAAAAUUCUAUAUAGGAUCUGCAGUCUUAACUUUUGUCGUAUCUAUCUUUGAAAAUGAGCUUCCGUUCUGUGUUGCAAGCAGAAUAGAAGACUGAUGCAAAGUCUAUCAAUAGUUUUUCUUCCUCCAAAUUCUGCAUCGGACACUUUUGUUGGGUUUUGUUGUCUCGUUUUUAUUUACUGCCAAUAGCACGUCCCUAACUGUUCUUUUAAAUAAACAAAACAAUUAUAGCUGUUUAUUUACAUCUGUAGACAUUCCAGAAGAAAUGAAGUUUUAUAACCUUAUGGUUGUGAUUGUUUGACCCCCACACAGCACAUGCUUCAACUUGUAGACUGAAACCUUGUUUUGUUCAUAUAAACUGUGUGUAGGAUGCUCAUGAAGUUACAUGCAGAUAAUAUCAAGCUUUAUUAGCUUCAUGACAUGUGAUAUGAUACAAUACUAAGUCAGCAAAGCACACAAAUGAAGUUGAACAAAAAUGACAUGAACAUCAAAUGGUCUUGUUAUAUUUAUUUUUAUUCGUAUAUUUAACUUUCUCUUGCACAUGAUGUCAUUUUAUUUAUAGAGAAGCAACUGUAACAUGACUGGAAGAGUGCUAAAUUAUAUGGAUAGCGAUGCACUACAUGACUUGAUAGUAAAUGACUGCUCGGUUUCUUUUAUUAUUCUUGUUAGUUGUCAUGGUGAUUAAUUUGUGAGAGGUUUGAAAAAGCAUGUACCAAUUGUAUUUAAGUUCUAUAUUGGUUUCUUUUUAAACUCUAGAAGUGGUUACAAGCCGCAUGCUAACUCAAGCAUGGGUGUCAAGGAUUUGUCAGGAAUGUUUUUCAUUUGUUCUGCUUUAAUUAAACACUAUGUUCACACUCUAGUCCAAUUUG